GGGGCUGUAUGUUUAUAAAAACCAUAGAUGCAUUAUCGUUUCUUGCUUACCCCUUCCCUCUCAAUCUCAUCUAACUAUCGUUCUCUCUGUCUUUCAUCUCCGCCCUCCGACCACACCACACAUAUAUACAGAUGCCUUUGUUUUUCUUUCGCUUAGCUUCUUAAUUCACUCCGCUUUGUUCACACUGGAUCACUCCACUCUCAUUCUUCCUUAAACAUACCCUUAUAAAAACAUUUCGAUUAUGUAAACUUCCUACUUCUCAAUUUCUUACAUAAAAAACCCCCAAAAAAAAAAGUAGUUUUGUCAAUUUUUUUAUGUGAUCUACGAGAGUUUAAUCCCGGUCCGUCCUUUAGAAACUAGCUGGUGAAUCAAACCGGCUUGUUUUCUGAAAGCUUUAACAAGCAUGUAAGGAAAAAAAAAAUAUAAUUCCAGUUUUGUAUCGGUACAAUAAAUUAUUACUGACAGAUAAGAAACGUAACAAAUGGCGGAACCCGAGGCUGCAGUGUCGGCGCCUAAUACGCCAGGGACGCCGGGAGGGCCGCUGUUUCCGUCGCUGAGGAUAGACUCACUGUCAUAUGAUCGGAAGUCGAUGGCAAGAUGCAAUAAAUGCCUUCCCCUGAAUGCACCAACUUUUGGUCAACCCAAUAGCUGCUUCAUCGACUUCCCUGCACCUGACGUGUCUCUUACCCGUAAGCUUGGAGCGGAAUUUGUGGGAACAUUCAUGUUGAUAUUUGCAGCAACUGCGGGACCCAUAGUGAAUCAGAGGUACAAUGGAGCAGAAACUUUGAUCGGCAAUGCAGCAUGUGCUGGACUAGCGGUGAUGAUAAUAAUUCUAUCAACCGGGCACAUUUCCGGAGCUCACUUGAACCCGUCCCUAACCAUUGCCUUUGCUGCGCUCCGUCACUUUCCCUGGGUGCAAGUGCCUGCCUACAUUGCAGCACAAGUAUCAGCAUCUAUCUGUGCAUCUUUCGCUCUUAAAGGAGUCUUUCACCCUUUUAUGUCUGGUGGUGUUACUGUUCCAUCUGUUAGCAUAGGCCAAGCUUUUGCCCUCGAGUUUGUUAUCACUUUUAAUCUCUUGUUUGUUGUCACUGCUGUUGCAACUGACACCCGUGCUGUGGGGGAGUUGGCCGGAAUAGCAGUCGGAGCGACAGUUAUGCUCAAUAUUCUUGUUGCUGGGCCGUCUAGUGGUGGUUCAAUGAAUCCCGUGAGGACACUAGGCCCCGCGGUGGCUGCAGGAAAUUACAGAGCAUUGUGGAUAUACAUGGUGGCGCCCACACUUGGGGCCCUCGUUGGUGCUGCGACUUACACCGCUGUGAAGCUCCGAGAGGACGAAGUGGGUCCUCCCCGCCGAAGCUUCCAUCGCUAAAAAAAAGUGCUCAACUAUUGUGUGUGCAAUUAUUAUGAAGCUAUGUAUAAAGGUAUUGAAAUAAAAGGCGGUGUGACUACAAGUCAACUGCUGCAGUGAAUUUGAAUAAUGGUGCAAAAGGAGUGGUGCUGCUCAUCGUCUCUCUUUUGCUGUUGUUUUCAUACUUUUGGUAUUUGAUUGUGUUGUUGCUUGCUUGUCAUCCAUUUUCUGGAAUGCAUAAUGAUAUUCAAUAAGUUGUAAUUCGUGCUUUCUUAAUCACAGAACUGUUUGAUUUA